AUGAGCACAGGAAGCAGUAUCAUUACAACGGAGGAAUGUGAAACAGCAGAAGAAAUUGACGAUCCGUCAUUCGGAUUCAUCCAGUUUCAACUGUCCGUCGACGACGUCGGCUUACAAGGUGUACGAAUUCGACCUGGUUCGAGUGAAUUUGAAUACGAGCACUUUCUUUUCACCGUUAAUCAGGAAAAUCAGUGUACUAUCAAAUUCUCAUGUUCAACAGUACCGGAAUACGAAUGGCGAAUAAUCGUUCAGAUGAGAAUCAAAGUCGGAAUUGCUGGCGCGACGAUAUUGAAAGUCGUUGAUAAGGAUGUGUUCGAAUUCUAUCCAAAAGCUCGUCCGAUCUCAUUCGAGGUGACGAAUGACGCUGUCGGUAGUGUGAAAUUCGAACUACGUAUUCUAAACAAGCUAAUCGAACCACUUCCGACAUUCGAAGAAGGAGAUCUGACGAUUCACUUUGCUCAAGACACUCCAAUUCGUGUAUAUCGAGAAUUGAUCGCAUUGUUCUCACCAUAUAUGAGAAAAUGCACCGAAUCAGCCCAAAGGACCUGCGUCGAAGAUUUUCCGAAGGACGCCUUCAUUGAAAUGCUUUAUCACAUCUAUCCGACAUUGCGCCCACUCUACCGUAAUAUGCGAAAUCUUGCCAAAGCAGCUGUCGCAUUUCAAGCGAUUCCACUUAUUUACGAACUAUCGAAAAAUCUAUGGGAUUUCAACACCAGAUCAGUGCGUAUCGUUUUCGUAUCUGCUAUGGAAUACGCUAGCAACAAGAGAACUCAAGAUGGAGUAUGGGGACACCUAAUCAAGCUCGGAUUUGAGCCUGAGACAUUUUUCGGUGCCGAGAUCUAUCGGAGAUUAGUCUGUCCUGCCAUUCUUGCCAAUUUACUUCAAGAACCACCGGAAUCAUGUGAUGUUUACCGUGAUCAGAUCAUCUUUGCUGAGAAUUUCGGCUUAAGAAACAUGCUCAGUAUUUGCAUUCAAAGAGCUGAGGCAAGCUGCAACGCGUUUGCCAACGAAUUGGUGAGACGUAAAGAUUUUAAUCUGAUCUCGUCAGAAACAAGAGAUCUGAUAAUGGAUCGACUGUGUAGCGGUUGGGGCUUAGAGCCAAAGUACAUGAAUAAAUUGGGUACAAGGAGAGCAGACAGCUGCACCACCUUAGCAAUUAUACGACAGUUGAACAAGAUUCCUAGCGAUUGUUUUGAUCAUAGUUACAGAACACGUCUUAAUUUUGACGACAGCACGCGACCUUACAAUCUGGAGCCAACAUCAUUCCGUGAACGACAAAUUGGACUCACCUGUGGUGGACCUCAAUGUUUCGACGAUGAACGUAAUAUGGCUACUUUAGCCAACAUGGACUCCGACUACUAUUUCGGAUCUGUUGGAGAGCUGUGCGUAGUGAAAGAUUGA